AGUGAGUGAGGUGCUAGUGAACGAGGAGUAGAAUUUUUUAAAAAGUUCCGUCAUGACUGAGUCAAAGCCCAGUGACAAACUUGGGGUAGAGUAUGUACCUUACAAUACACUAAAUACAGAAAAGAACAAAUUCGUCCAACUUAAGCCUCAAAACCAAGAGACUAAAUCGGACACACUUUUCUUGAUCAUGACAAUUCUUUCAGGUACAACGGCUGCCACUAUUACUGGAUCCCACAUGGUGUGGACGUCACCCGUUAUCCCAAAAAUUACCUCAAAUAUUUCUGAUGACAAUCCUUUGGGAAGAAUGGCAACAACCUACGAAAUAUCGAUGAUUGCUGGUUUUCCACCAUUAGCAUCCCUUGCAGGAUCUUUAUUUCUGGGACAAUUGGCAGAAGUAUUCGGAAGAAAAAGGUCUAUACUGAUCAUGGUUGCGGGAGAUAUUAUAGCAGUUGUUUGCUUGGCAUUUAGUACAAAUGUGUAUUGUAUAGUCGUAUUUCGAUGUGUAAUAUUUAUGUUUUUUAACGGAGUUAUAACUGUCAUACCUGUUUAUUUGACAGAAAUAUGCGAAGAUCACAACAGAGCUAGGUACGGUUGUUUGAUGGGUGGUAUGCUACCUUUAGGUAGCCUCUUCGGUUACGUAAUAGGGUCAUUUUUCACUAUCAGAGUAUUUACUUUAUUAACACUUAGUCCAUUAUUAUUCUUUAUUUUCUUUUGCGUAUGUGCGCCUGAGUCUCCAGUCUAUUCCCUAUCUAGGGGAAGAAGAGAAGAAUGUUUAAAAGCUCUAAGAAAGUUAAGAAGCAAUAAAAAUAACAAAGAAAUUGAGAGCGAUAUGUACCAAAUAGGGGAAGCUUUAAAACUUCGAGCAAAUUCUUCGUCUGGUAAUAUAUUUACCCUAUUCUCAACAAAAGAAAAGAGGUACGCAACGCUUUUAGCAUUCAUUCCCCCUAUGAUACAAGUUCUUUCAGGAGUUGCCGUUUUGGUCCAAUUUAUGGCACCUAUAUUUAUUGCAGCUGGCACAAAAUUUAACAGUAAUCAUUUGGCAAUAGUAGCUGGUUCUAUAAAGGUUAUUAGUUUUAUAAUUACUUCUUUUAUUGUCGAGAAAACUGGAAGAAGGCCUAUGCUUCUUAUCUCUACAAUAGGAUCUUCUAUACCACUUCUCAUCUUGGGUGGAUUUUUCUACCUCAAGCACCUCAAUUCCCCAAUAAUUGCUUCACUCCAGUGGCUACCUUUGACCAGCGUAGUGACUUUCAUGAUUUUUUACUCCCUAGGAAUUGGUCCAAUUCCAAUGGCCAUCAUGGGAGAACUUUUCACUCCAGAUGUUAGAGCCGCAGGUGUAUCAUUCAUUAUGACAGUAAUGGGCACAUGCCUUUUUUGCGCCACUACUAGUUUCCCAAUCAUUAACGAGUUUCUAGGCUUGCAUUGGUGUAUCUGGAUGUACAGCGUGUUUUGUCUACUGGGGGCAACAUUUAUCUAUUUUAUGAUCCCGGAAACUAAGGGGAAAUCAGUUGUAGAAAUACAAGAAUAUAUUAAAAGCUGUGUAAAUAAAUAAAUACUUAUU